AUGUCGAGCAGGGAUGAAUGGAUCAUCUCCCAAGCAGCGCCCUCCCUGCAAGAUCUGAGCAAUAUGUCCGUGAAAUGUCACCUCGACGACGCUAUCACCAUUUGUCGUUAUCUCAACAGAGAGAUGAAUGCAGAGUCUGCUGCAAGAUUGAUUACUACCAUGGCGAGGCGAGAAGCCACAGGCGACCCCGACGCUAGACCCGUUGUUGUGGUCCGGAUAAUGAGACUUAUCGCCGAAUGCUUGAUCCAUUUCGACCAGGAGCGCGAGAUGAUCCUGGAUCUACUCAUCGCCAUCCAGGAUCUACCAUCCGACGGAAGAUACCAUUGGUGGAAAUUGCCAAGUUUCGAAGCACAAUGGACACGCUGCUUUUUCGAAAAAUUGGAAAAUGUUGACGCGACAGAUGUCGCCUUUUUCAAAACCACUGGGUACUUGGAAGCGACUAUGUAUCUCCGUGGUAUCUUUUCCAUCACUGAAGAUUGGGGAUGCAGAGCACUCAAUACAGUGUGUAUGGAGCAGAAGGAAUUUGAAGGUCUCGUUCACGAAUCCUAUCAAUGGCUCAAAAUCGCCGGGCCAAAAUUGAUCGAGAAUCUACAGUCAGCUCAGGUGAAGUCUUUCAAUAGAGCUGUACGAGGUCGGAGUGACAAGAUUUACAUGAUGGAGGUUACCAUGUAUGAGCACUGGGAGCACUGGAAGAAGAGAUUCCUGCAAGUCAGUCAUGACGAGGAUUUUCUAUCGCCUGAGGCCAGACAGGUGGCAAAAGAGUGUCAUGAAAUUAUGAAGGGCCUUGUCAUGAAGCAACCUGCAAUCCCGUCAGAGAAAUGA